AUGGGACAGACCAUAUUCACCAGUGGUACUGAUAAUAAUGAAAUUAAAAGGUUAAAAAAUUUACAAUCAUUGGACCAGAGGGAAAUUGAAAGUACAUUUGACUAUACUGAUGCUGAUAAAACAGUUGAAACAGAUUCCGUUGUUCAUCCUUUUAAUCCUGAUCGGAAGGCUUUAACAUCAAUAAAUGAUUCAGAGAUAAAACAAGAGAAUGUUGUGAUGGAGAGUAAUGUUAAAACAGAAGUCCAAGAAGAUAUGCAAUCUGAUCAAUCUAUUAAACAAGAGACAGAAGAUAUGGAAACUAAAAUACCGAAAACAGUACUUCAUAAUAGAAGUUGUAUAAAAGAAAAACUAGAAACCUCAUCAAGCACGGAGACUCUGAAUAAUAAUCCUGAAGUAUUAAUGUUGACGGCUGAUAAAAUGAUGAGCAAAGAACUACAAUUAUUGUAUUCGCAACCUGGAGUAAACGAUGAUACACCUCAUAUUAACAACAUAAUAACAACCCCAAAUACAUCAACUAAAAAUCCUAAAAUAGCAUGCAAAAACGAUGAUAAUAAAAACGCACGACACAAGGAAGACGUUGAAGACAAUUCAUCUUCGGAGGAAGAAAAACAAUGGGUCAAUACGAAGGAGAAGCUGUUGAAGAAAUUAGAGAAGACGCAGGAGGAUUUAAGAAAGAGGCGCGGUAGAGCCGCAGAAGAGUUUCUGCUGUUGCAUGAAUGUGCAGGAUUUUUCGAGGAAGCAACAUGUCCUGAUAAAAACAGCGUGAAGGAGAAUUUGGAGGAAGCUAAACGUGCAAAGAUUGUUAGCGAGUUUUUGGAGAAACACGAUGGCCCGGAGAUGCCCAGAAGGAAUUUGGCAAGGAGAGGUACUCGCUCCAGAAGGAGCAUAUUGGAGGAGCAAAAACAAUUGAGUGUCCUGACGGGUCCUGAGUUAUUCGGCGAAUCCUCCGGCGAAGCAGUUAUGGCGGGGAAGAAAGGCUCGCAAACAUUCGGCAAGGGGCGGCGCAACAUCAGAAAGGUCAUAGACAAAAAAUCUCUAGCGAGGAGUACGGUGCUGGCCAAUAAGGAAGAGUUUGAGCGCAAGAAGCGCCUCGUUGCACGCCGGGCCCAAUGGAAAGAGUUGCUCGGCAGCGAGGACGUGCUGGUAGUGGACGGAGAGGUUUGCCUAGAGUACGAUUUCAAUGUGGGCCGGCCUAUUGUUAGCAUCCACCCUUACUUCACGAGCACCAUGAAGGCGCAUCAGUACGACGGCGUGAAGUUCAUGUGGGACGCGUGCUUCGAGAGCCUGGAGCUGGUGCGCGCGGGCCACCCGGGCGGCGGCUGCAUCCUCGCGCACUGCAUGGGCCUCGGGAAGACGCUGCAGGUGCUCGCCCUGCUGCACACGGUAUUGACUCAUCCACACGUGGGUAUGCAACGCGUUCUGGUCUGCUGCCCGCUCUCCACCGUUCUUAACUGGGUGGACGAGAUACACAAAUGGAUAGGCCCCGUUACAAACAAUAUCAAGGUAUUCGAGCUGUCCAAGCUGAAGAAGACCUACCAGCGGGCGUACCAGCUCGAGGACUGGUACAACGGCGGCGGCAUCUUCAUAAUCGGCUACGAGCUGUUCCGCAACCUGUCCACGCUGGACCCGAAGCUGGACGGCCUCAGGCCGACCAUAGUGGCGAAGAUACGCGCCGCGCUGCUGGACCCGGGGCCCGAUAUCAUCGUCUGCGACGAAGGCCACCUGCUGAAGAACGACAGCUCGGUGCUGGCCGUGGCGAUGAGCCGCGUCGCCACCAAGCGGCGCAUCGUGCUCACCGGCACCCCCAUGCAGAACAACCUGCGCGAGUACUACUGCAUGGUCAACUUCGUCAAGCCCAACCUCCUCGGCCGCUACUCGGAAUACGCGAACAGAUUCGAGAACCCCAUAAUGAACGGCCAGCACCGCGAUUCGAGGGAGGAGGACAUAAAGCUGAUGAAGGCGCGCACCCACAUCCUCCACAAGGUGCUCGAGGGCUGCCUGCAGCGGCAAGAGGCGUCCGUUCUCUACCCGUACCUGCCGAAGAAACACGAGUACACGGUGUUCAUACCGCUGACCAAGUGCCAGAGCGACCUCUACAAGCACUACCUGGCCCACUGCACCCGCCUGGGGAAGCACAGCGUUCUCAGGGACUUCCACGUGCUGCAGAAGAUUUGGACCCACCCGCAGGUUCUGCAUCUGUUCCAAGUGAAGUCUCGUCCUAGCGACGAGAAUGCCAAAGUUAAAGCGGAAAAGCUGGAGGAUGAUCUGGCUCGUGAGGACUUGACCGCCAGCGAAGACUGCAAGCCCGACAGCACGGAGGUCUGGUGGCUGCAAUAUCUAGAAGGUGGCGAUAUGCUCCAAUCCUUGGAGAGCUCCAACAAACUGCUCGCCGUUUUCCGCAUACUUGACGAGUGCACCGCCCUAGAUGACAAAGUCCUGAUAUUCUCGACGUCGCUGUUCUCGAUGGACACGCUGGAGUACUUCCUGAAGCGCAUCAACGGCUGGAGCCUGGGCAAGGAGUACUACCGCCUGGACGGCUCCGUGCCGCCGGAGGUGCGCCAGAAGUGGUGCCGCGAGUUCAACUCGCCCAACAACACCACCACCAAAUUGUUCCUAAUAUCGACUCGGGCCGGUUGCCUGGGACUCAAUAUGACUGCUGCGAAUCGCGUCAUCAUCUUGGACACAUCAUGGAAUCCAGCGCACGACGUACAGAGCAUCUUCAGAGUCUACCGCUUUGGACAGAAGAAAGACUGCUAUAUAUAUAGACUUGUGGCAUUGGGUACGAUGGAGCAGAAGAUCUACGAGAGAGCGGUUACAAAGCAAGCGGUGGCGUGUCGCGUUAUUGAUGAGCAGCAAAUUGACAGACAUUACAACAUGGAUGAGCUAACGGAGCUGUACAAGUUCGACGAGACGGGCGCCGGCGUGGCGGGCGGCGUGGCGGUGGGCGUGACGGACGUGGCGCUGCUGCGGGUGGCGCGCGACGCGCCGCUGCACGCCGUGCACGAGCACGACUCGCUGCUGCGCGGCUCCGCGGAGCAGCAGCUGCCCGAGCACGAGCGCGCCGCCGCCUGGCAGCAGUUCGAGCGCGAGCAGGCCAGCAGGCAACUAAAGAACCUAGGGGGAAGAAAUCGAUCCCCCACCUUUACCAUGCCAGUGAAGCGACUCCACGGCCACGACUACGCGAAGUCACCAAUUAAACCACCAGAUACCAAUGAAUCUGCAGUUAACGACAGCACGAUAGAUGAAAAAGUAACUUUACGAACAAGAAGGGAACGCAAGUGCACUUUAAAAUAUCGUGUCGAUUUUGAUGAAGAACCGUGCACUAGUGCGCAAGCCGCGAUCCAGUCACCGAACACAAAUGACGUUGACAAGGAAAGAUUAGUAGUUGAAAAAAUAAAAGCGAUCUUGAUUCAGCACAAUUUCCAAAACAAGCACGGGGCCGCCGAGAUAUCGGCCUUGGUAAACAGCGUGCGAGAAGUUAUAACCGCUGGCUUGAAAGGUAGCCCUUCCGAAUCGAGCAACGUUCUCACGGCGAGUAUAGCGAAAGCGUUGAUCGAUUCUAAAACUAUAAGCACCCAAUCGGCCGGCUCAAUCUCCGAAAGGUUCGCUCAGGAGCCUAAGAGGGAACCAACACCCGACACUGAAUCGCAAGACGAAGUCGACGAUUCGCAGAACAAGAUUCAACACGAAACCGAUAUAAUAUCAGUGGAUAAGAAAGUGAACCUCAAGCGGAAAGCUGAAGGGGAGGACGUGCCUCCAGUGACUGAAGACAGCGCAACCGGCGCGAAACGGAUGAGAAGGGCCGCUCUAAAUGCGAGAAAGAAAUUUAGCUUGAUCGAUUCCGCUUUACCUGUAAACAUUGACGACGACGACGAGGAGUGGACUCUCGAGGAUAACAAUAGCACACAGCCGCUUAGGCUAAACAAGAGUGAGAACAAAGCGCGGCCUGAGAAUGCCGCCAACGGGAAACUGUCGAGCUGCGAUAACACCGCCGCCAGUGGCGAACAAACGAAAGCAGUGACGACCGUCCAUGUCAGAGCGGCUGUAGCGGAAGAAAGCAUUCUACUCAGCGACGACGACGACGUGAUAAUAUGGGACGGCGAGCCAGAGCAGGCGGCCGCAAGCAAAGAGGACGAAGAGCCAAAGGGGGCAGCCACAAGCGAAGAGGACGACGAGCGAAAGCGGGCAGCCGCAAGCGAAGAGGAAGACGAGCGGGUGCCGUUGCACGAAUCGGUGCUGAAGAGCCCCAGCUUCAUCAAAAUAGUGGCGCACACCUAUCAGUCGCAGAAUCCCGCGCUCGAAGACGGCGCCGCGCAGCUAGCGGCUGCUUACGCCACGCAAAACGUCCUUAAGGCCAUCCAGGCGGGAAACGCCGUUUACGACGGCCCUAUAUACGACUUAGCUAUGAAGAUAAUCACCAAGGAUGUAUUAAAGAAGCUUCACAAUUCCACUUCAAAAAUGACCGAAAACUUAAAGAUGAAUCAGAACGAAGACAUUGAUAAAACGCCCAAUAAGCCUUCUACAAGCCAAACCAAAGUUGAUAGCGAGCCUUCGGAAAUAGACAAACUAAAAACAUCACGGACCGAAAAACACAUAAACGCCUCUUUCAUAGAAAAAGGCGUUAGCGAACGAACGCAAAAAACGGAAGAUUCUCUUACCCACGGCAGGCAAAAUUCACAAACAAAUGAAGUGCUAAAUUCUCGAUCACUGGAAAAGGAAAUUGCCGGAUUAGAAGAAAGCCAAAUUUCUAGAACGCGACAACUGAAAACUUAUCAACCUCAAACACCAGAGAAGCAUGAUUCACGAACACAACAAAGUCAAACAUCUAAAACACAACUAGUUAACACUUAUCGAGCACAAAAACGAGAGCACUCUCCAGCAAAAGAAGAGCAAAUUUCACAAACACAGGAAAAGCAAUAUUCUUGGUCACGUGCAAUACAAAAUUCUCAAUCACAACAUGUAGAAAAUUCUCUAACAGAAAAUGUGAAAAUUUUGCGAACUAAAGAAGAGGAAAAACCUCAAACUCAAAAAAGUGAAAUCUCUCAAAUGCAACAAGUGAAAAUUUAUCAGGGAAAGAAAAGUCAAUAUCCUCCAACACAAGAAGGGCAAAAUUCACGACCACAAGUAAAACAAUACUCCCGGUCACGAGCAAUUCAAAAUCCUCGAUCGCUGUUAGUGGAGAGCUUUGGAGAACAAGAAAUGCAACAUUCUCGAUCACAAGAAACGCAAAUUUCCCGAGCACAAGAUGGGCAAACUUCUCGAACACAAGAAACACAAAUUUCCCGAGCACAAGAUGGGCAAUCUCGAACACAAGAAAGGCAAAAUUCGUCGGACUCGGACGAUUUAGUACUGAUUGUGGACCCUGCAGGAAACGAACCACCUACUAAAAUCAAAGACAGAGGUAGCAUGGAAGAUUCAAAGUCAAGGCGUAUUAAAGACAACGUGUCUAAGGUGUAUUUCCCAGUGAAACAUAAAAGUGCACCCAACGCCAUUUCUACUACGAAUGCGCCAGCUUCCGUCCAGAAGUCAGCCCCUGUUAAAAUUGUCAUUUGCGGAGGGCAAAAGGCGUGUCCAUUCAAAGAGGAGCCGCCGAGAAGAGAAGGAGGUCCGGAGAAAGACGACGGUGAUGACGUCGUCCAAGUGAUGGUCGUUGACCCCCCCAUGCCUGCCGUAAGCAGCAUUCCGAAAUUGAAGAGACGCCACUCUAGACAUAUGGCUGUCAACCGUGUACUGGCAACCGACGUACUAGUUUCGCACCGCCCACCGACGCACCCAGCUGACACAUCUAUUCAAAUAAUCUUAGACCCCAUCACGACGGCAUCGGUAAGCCAAGUCCCGCCUGUGGAAGAGCCGCUCGUAAUAUCCGACAUCGAUCCGAUCAUAGCUCCACCCUCCGAGGGGGCUAACGUACUACAAAGCACCGACGCCCCAGGUUCGGAUGCGAUAUGCAUAGACAGCGACGAGGAAGAGCCCCUCCAGAUGCAGGAGAUGCCAAUGUCGCAGAGUCCCGAAACUCCGCAAGGCGGCAAGCCACCAUCUCAUGCGCUGACCGAAUCAUUAGAGGAUGUUGGACUAAAUGAAGCUGCAUCCACAUCCGCACAAAAUCUUGAAGAUACUGCAGCCGGCCAAUCCGAUCGUACACCAGAUAUCCCAAUAGAUAUCGAUGAUUUAUAUGGAGACCACCCAAAGAAUCUUAACCCUCCCAAACUUAGCACCGACGACGGCACUUUCAUCGAGGUCGACGACGAGGCCGAUUACGUCAUCGAUGAACAUCCGCCUGAUGCUAGCGCAAACGCUACACCGAUCGCGACUGCAGCGGUGCAUGCCAACGCCCCCAAAUGUGUCAAAAUCCUCCAAGUCGUGAAUUUCCUCAACGCUAAGAAAGCUGCCGCCAACACGAAUAAAGCUGUCGACAACACGAAUAAAGCUGUCGCCAACACGAAUAAAGUUGUUGCUAACACGAAAAAAGCUGUCGCUGACUUGCACGGUAAGGAGAAACGCAAAAUGACCGCGACUAGUUCCACGGAAGAUCCGGUCCAGAUAUUACACGAGUUCACUCGCACUCAAACUGAUAACUUAGACACCACGGAUGAAACUCAAACACUACAACCCGCUCCGGCCAAAGAAGGUAACAUUUGGACAAACACGAGUGCUAAAAAAAUCGUUUCAAACCAGAUCCUCCCCAUACGCAAACAGAUUAAUUCCACCAGGCCCGCGCCUCUAACGUUGCUGCUGAAAAAAAUCAAACAGAUAAGGUCAUUAAACACGAAGACGAAUCCGACCUUGAAACCACUCUCAGAGGCGAAAAAGUUGGCAUUGACAAAAGUUGACACGGGCAGUAGUGGUUCGACGCGAAAAAUCGUGAGCGUCAAAAGAGACAGCGGUUCUAAAGGCAAAAGUCCUCUCGUAGCGAAAAGCGACGCAACGAAGAGCUCCAGCGCGAUUGUCGGAUCGGCGAAAGAGAUUAUGAUCAGUCGUCGAGUGGACACAACUCCGCCGAUGUCCAGCACGGUCGACUUGACGAAUAUAUAUACUAAUUGCGAGGCACCGAUAAAAGCCAACGUCGGCCAAACCAGUGAUUGCAAGAAAAGGACGAUAAAAUCCACCAACUUAGGUUCAGCGAAAAAACCGAAAACUGGUUCUAACAAACUAUUAACUCUGAAGGAUUUCAACCUUGACGACAUUGACGAUAUCGAUGAUAUCAUAGAACUUGAC